CCGUACCGCCGGCCGGGGCCGGGUGGCGGUCGCCAUAGCGACCCGGCCUAGGCUGGGGGUGGCCUGGCUCGGUGGCGGCGGGCGGGGCCGUGGCGAGGGACGGCUCGGGCCGGCGGCGAUGAGCCAUGGCCUCCGUGAAGGUGGCCGUGCGAGUGCGGCCCAUGAACCGCAGGGAGAAGGAUCUUAAUGCAAAGUUUAUUAUUUCAAUGGAAAAAAAUAAAACAACAAUCACAAACUUAAAGAUACCAGAGGGUGCUACUGGAGACACAGGACGAGAAAGAACGAAAACAUUUACCUAUGAUUUUUCCUAUUUCUCAGCAGACAGUAAAAGUCCCAACUUUGUUUGUCAAGAAAUGGUUUUCAAAAAUCUUGGUACAGAGGUGCUCAAGUCUGCUUUUGAAGGUUAUAACGCCUCUGUUUUUGCCUAUGGACAGACAGGCUCUGGGAAGUCCUACACCAUGAUGGGAAAUGCGGGUGAUGCAGGUUUGAUACCUCGAAUUUGUGAAGGAUUAUUCAGCAAAAUAAGUGAAAAAACAAAGCGGAAUGAGGCAUCCUUUCGAACAGAAGUCAGUUAUUUGGAAAUUUACAAUGAACGUGUGAGAGAUCUUCUCCGACGGAAGUCAUCAAAAACAAAUAAUUUACGAAUACGGGAACAUCCAAAAGAAGGGCCGUAUGUUGAGGACUUGUCUAAACAUUUAGUCCAAAAUUAUACUGACGUUGAGGAACUUAUGGAUGCAGGAAAUAUAAAUAGGACGACAGCUGCAACUGGGAUGAAUGAUGUUAGUAGCAGGUCACAUGCCAUUUUCACAAUCAACUUCACUCAGGCUAAAUUUGAUUCUGAAAUGCCUUGUGAAACUGUUAGCAAGAUUCAUUUGGUAGAUCUUGCUGGAAGUGAGAGAGCAGAUGCCACUGGUGCCACAGGGGUUAGAUUAAAGGAAGGAGGGAAUAUUAACAAAUCUCUAGUUACUCUGGGAAACGUAAUUUCUGCCUUAGCUGAUUUAUCUCAGGAUGCAACGAAUCCUCUUUCAAAGAAGAAACAAGUAUUUGUGCCUUACAGGGACUCAGUGUUGACUUGGCUAUUAAAAGAUAGCCUAGGAGGAAACUCCAAAACUAUAAUGAUUGCCACUAUUUCACCUGCUGAUGUCAAUUAUGGAGAAACUUUAAGUACACUCCGCUAUGCAAAUAGAGCCAAAAACAUCAUCAACAAGCCUACUAUUAAUGAGGAUCCUAACGUCAAACUGAUCCGUGAGCUGAGAGCUGAAAUAGCCCGACUAAAAGCCCUGCUUGCUCAAGGGAAUCAGAUUGCCCUCUUGGAUUCUCCAACAGCUUUAAGUAUGGAAGAAAAGCUUCAGCAGAAUGAAGCAAGGGUACAAGAACUGACCAAAGAGUGGACUAACAAGUGGAAUGAAACUCAAGAUAUUCUGAAAGAACAAACUUUGGCUCUGAGGAAAGAAGGGAUAGGUGUUGUGUUAGAUUCUGAACUGCCUCAUCUCAUUGGCAUUGAUGAUGAUCUUCUCAGUACUGGUAUCAUCUUGUACCACUUGAAGGAGGGCCAAACAUAUGUUGGCCGAGAAGAUGCUAUAACAGAACAGGACAUUGUUCUUCACGGCCUUGAUCUGGAAAGUGAGCAUUGCAUCUUUGAAAAUCUCAAUGGUACUGUGAACCUCAUCCCACUGAAUGGAGCACAGUGUUCUGUGAACGGUAUUCAGAUUACAGAACCCACACACCUCAACCAAGGUGCUGUUAUAUUACUUGGAAGAACCAACAUGUUUCGCUUUAACCACCCUAAAGAAGCUGCUAAGCUAAGAGAGAAAAGAAAGAGUGGACUGCUGUCUUCCUUCAGCUUGUCUAUGACUGAUCUUUCUAAAUCUUGUGAGAAUCUGUCAGCAGUUAUGCUUUAUAAUCCAGGUCUUUUCCCUGUAAAAGGACCAAUCUGUCUAAGGCUAGAAUUCGAGAGACAGCAACGAGAGGAGCUUGAAAAAUUAGAAAGUAAAAGGAAACAAAUAGAAGAGAUGGAAGAAAAACAAAAAUCUGACAAAGCAGAACUUGUAAGAAUGCAGCAAGAAGUAGAGUCACAGCGCAAAGAGACAGAAAUAGUUCAGCUGCAAAUCCGAAAACAGGAGGAGAGUCUGAAACGAAGAAGUGUUCACAUUGAAAGCAGGUUAAAGGAUUUGCUGGCUGAAAAAGAAAAAUUUGAGGAGGAGAGAUUACGGGAACAACAGGAGAUAGAGCUUCAAAAGAAGAAGCAGCAGGAAGAAAUUUUUGCCCGGGUCAGAGAGGAGUUGCAGCGACUACAAGAACUUAAUCAUAAUGAAAAAGUAGAGAAAAUGCAGAUUUUUCGUGAACUAGAAAAACUGAAAAAGGAAAAAGAUGAGCAGUAUCUUAAGCUGGAAUCAGAAAAAAAGAGACUUGAAGAACAGGAAAGAGAACAGGUGAUGCUGGUGGCUCACCUAGAGGAACAGCUUCGAGAGAAGCAGGUCAUGAUAGAGCUCCUGAAGAGAGGGGAUGUGCAAAGACUAGAAGAAGAGAGAAGAAAUCUUGAAGAGAUCAGAGAAUCUCUUUUGAAAGUCAAGGAAGCCCGAUCUGAAGGUGAUGAAAACCGUGAAGAAUUAGAAAAAGCACAGCAUGACUUUUUAGAGUUUAAAAGGAAACAGCUGGAGCAGCUGGCUAUUUUGGAAAAAGAUUUAAUUCAACAAAUGGAUCACCUAGAAACGGAAAUAGCAGAUGAAAAAAGAGCUCUGGAGCACUUAAAAUUUGCACAUGAAGAACCUUUAAAUCUCAAGAGGGAUGAUGACAACUUUAUGGAUGCCAUACUCAAGGCUGAAGAAGUUGACAAGAUAAAGCCAGUAGAAUACAGGCUCCAAUCUAAAAUACGCCAGCUUGAGUACCUGAAGAGUAAUCAUUUGCCAGCUCUGCUGGAGGAAAAACAAAGAGCUUCUGAAGUCCUUGACAGGGGCUUGUUAGGGUUAGAUAAUACUCUCUAUCAAAUAGAGAAAGAAAUAGAAGAAAAAGAAGAGCAGCUUGCCCAGUAUAGGGCUAGCACAAAUCAGCUGCAGCAGCUACAAGAAACCUUUGAAUUCGCAGCCAAUGUAGCCCGGCAGGAAGGAAAGGUUCGGAAAAAGGAAAAAGAAAUCCUUGAGUCAAGGGAAAAGCAGCAGAGAGAGGCACUGGAGCAAGCUGUUGCCAAGUUAGAAAGGAGGCAUUCUGCUUUGCAGCGUCGUUCCACCAUAGACUUUGAAAUUGAGGAGCAGAAACAGAAGCUGGCCACCUUGAACAACAGCUGUGGUGAACAGGCGGGGCUGCAGGCAAGUCUGGAGGCUGAACAGAAAGCUCUUGAGCAAGACCGAGAACGCCUGGACCAGGAAAUUCAGCAGCUGAAGCAAAAAAUAUAUGAGGGUGAUGGAGCUCAGAAAGGAAACCAUGGAAUAUUAGAUGAGAGACUCUCGCAUAGCACUUCCCCUGCCAGCCCAACAAAGGCACAGACGCCUGCUGCCCCACUGGUUGAUGAUAGGAUAAAUGCCUUUAUUGAACAAGAGGUGCAGAGAAGACUCCAGAAUAUUCAUCAUAAAGCUGAGGAUAAUCAUGUUAGUGCAUCCUGGUCUACAGAAAGUUUCAAGGAUAAUGAGAGGCAUAAUAACAGCACUAUUCAACGCAAGUUGAAGUAUGAGCGGAUGGUCUGUCGUCCACUGGGAGCAAAUCCAGAUGACCUGAAGGACCCAAUUAAAAUUAGUAUUCCACGGUAUGUCCUGUGUGGUCAGGGAAAGGAUGAACACUAUGAGUUUGAAAUAAAGAUAACAGUCUUGGAUGAGACGUGGACAGUGUUUCGGCGGUACAGUCGUUUUCGAGAGUUGCAUAGAACUUUAAAACUGAAGUACCCAGAGGUUGCCACUUUAGAAUUCCCUCCAAAGAAGCUCUUUGGAAACAAGGAUGAGCGAGUGAUUGCAGAACGCCGGUGUCACUUAGAGAAAUACCUCAGGAGCUUUUUCUCUGCAAUGCUGAAAUCUCCAUCAUCUCCCCUGAACAUUGAUAAAGUGGGGCUAACGUUGUCAAAGUACACCAUCUGUGAAUUCUCACCCUUCUUCAGGAAAGGCGUUUUUGACUACAGCAGCCAUGGGACCAGCUAAAUUUUGGGCCAGGAUCCUUAUGCUGGAAGAGUAUAGUUGGAGUGGUGCCUGCACUUUUGUGCAAGAGGAGUGAGGGAAAGAAAAAAACAUGUGUCUCCUCCGUACCUGGAAAGAUGCAUCCAAACAACUGGAGACAGCCACGCCCCCACGCUAAGCUGUGUCCUUUACCAGCUCCCAAGUCAGUGCCUGCAUUCUCCUGGCAUGGGGCAUACAGACAUUUUUGUGUAAGUUGCUCUGUUAAUACUGUACAAAGAUUCUGACUCUUGUAAUGAGUUUGGAUCCCCUUCUUGGCAGCAGCGCUUCCUUCCCAUUUGCUCGGAUAAUUCGUUCUGGCCGUUGGAGAGCAUCUCAUGUUUACCAUGGCAGUGUGUCGUGCUGACAGAGGGUUUCCGAGCGGCCUUUUGGUUUCUGUCCAAGCUGUUCCUUAAAGAACAGCUCCUCUUUUGUUUCUUUAUAGCAUAGUGUCAUGUUUAAGGUAAUGAUCAUGCUCCACUGUUGUUUCAUUUUCUUUCCUUCUAGAUGCACUGAGUAUUGACUGUAUAAUUGUAUAGUUUUUCUCAGAAGAAUUAAAGGGCCUGGGUAACUUGAAUGCUUACAAAAAUAUAUGCAACAGGAAGAAUAUAAUUUAAACCCUGUCAGAGUCCUCCACACUUAGUUGUUUGGAGGCUGAACAAAUCAUUCACCAUUAUUAAAGAAGCAAAGGAAGCAAUAGUUACUGAAUAAUAUGGUCAGCAUCUUUUCAGAUUUCAUAAUCAUUCAGACUGUAAACAGAAACUCUGCACUGUACAGAGCUCAUAGCUAUGCAUAAAGCUGAUGCAAAGUGCUAUAUUUUGUUUCUUAAAUAGCUUCUUCACAAUAGUUGUAAAACCUGAGGUUUAUUUGCAUCAGUUAAAAUUUACAGGAUUUAAAUAAUAGUACUUUGAAAUGACUCAGGAUUUAUUCAGACUUGCACAUAUAUAUAUACAGGUAGAACUAAUUUUAUAUUGCUGCAGAUUCAAAACUAUGUAUACACUGUGACUGGAAUUGAGUUGUGUAUAUGUUAAUGUAUAAUUGGUUGUAUAAAAAUCAGAAUUGAAUUACUUCCAGUUAUUAAAAUGCAUAAUGAAAGGUAAGUUUUGUGUGCCAUUUGUUCAGAGUGUGAAGCAUUUUUUCUGAGUUGACAUCAACUGACCACUGGUAGGUUGUGUUAAUCAAACUAUUUCACGUCAUUGAAAAUUAUUAUUAAAACCUGAAGUAACAACA